AUGGACCUCUCCGGCUCUUUGCCUCCACCUUCCCCAUACACCUUCCUUUCUAUUAUCCCUAAUUUCUCUGUGCCCUCCUCCUCCUCUCCCUCCAUCUCUCCAUCACCCAGCCUGGCGUCCACAGCUCUCUUCUGCUCCCUCCUCUCCCUCCUCUCCUUGCUGGGUAUCACAGGUAACCUGUACACUCUGGGCCUUGUUUUGAGGCGCAGGAGAAGUAGGAGAAGACGUGGAGCAACCUGCUGCCUGAUGAGAGUACCUGUACCAUCCUGCCUUGCCAACUCCUCCUCCCCUUCCUCCUCCCCCAUCUCCUCUUCCUCCUCUUCCUCCUCCUCUUCUCUUCACCUGCAGGUGCUGAGCCUUGCUCUUGCUGAUCUGCUCUACCUUUUUACUGCUCCCUUCAUCGUGUACGACAGCCUGGCGUCCGGGUGGGCCUUUGGUGAGCCAGGCUGCCGCCUCCUCCUGAGCCUCGACCUCCUCACCAUGCACGCCUCCAUCUUCACUCUUACCGCCAUGAGUCUCGACCGCUACCGGGCUGUGGCCCAUCCCCUGCAUACCUCCUCCUCCAACUCCUCCGGCCUGCUGCGUGUAGGUCUGGCCUGGGGACUGGCUGUGGCUCUUAGUCUGCCCAUGAUGAUCACACUGCACCUGGAGGAUGGGGAGAACCAGGAGGGCCAGCUGUGUGUGCCUGCAUGGGACGAGCAGAGCUCCAAGGCCUAUCUAAGCGUGCUCUUCUGCACUAGCAUUCUUGGUCCUGGGUUGGCCAUUGGAGCACUUUAUGCUACUCUAGGCCGGCUUUACUGGGUGUCUCAGACCAGGCCAGCCUGGGCCAGUGGGAGCAGCACCGCUUCUACUCCCCGUGCCCCCAAACCCAAAGUGCUGCUCCUCAUCCUUGGUAUUGUCCUGGCCUUCUGGGCCUGCUUCCUCCCUUUCUGGAUCUGGCAGCUGCUGCCACUCUAUAAGCCUGACAUGCUGCGGACAGUACCAGUAGGGACACAGGUGACAGUGAAUCGUAUCCUCACAGGGCUGACCUAUGGAAACUCCUGUGUGAAUCCAUUCUUCUACACACUAUUGACAGGAAAACGAAGACGCAACCGGCAGACGCUGACAUCAGCAAAUCAGCUCUCCCGUAAGAGCAGUCCACUGCAGUAG